CCGGCGGCGACCCGUCACUCCUCAACGACUCCUUUUUCGCGCCAGUGAGCCUCGCGCUCUCUCUCUCUCUCUCUCUCUCUCUGCACUCACCGUCGUCCCUCUCGAGGCUGCAAUGUCAGCGAAUCCCGCGCCGCCCUGGCGUCUGACCAAACGCUUUACACGUCACAGCGCGACGAGGAGGGAGGAGGCAACAAGGUUUUCUGUUUCCUUGUUUUCGCGAUUCUUACACCUGUCGAUCGUUUCCGUUACUGCCGAACGCCUAUGCAGAUUUCUCGACGGGGCAGGUUCAUUUGACUUCAUUGCUCCUCUCGCGCUCGCUUUCCCCGCGCGAGAAAGCUCCAUACCCUCCACAUUGCGCGAUCUCGUCUUCUCGCCCCGGAUUCGUGUACGUUCGCGCUUCUUCUACUCUCGUUUCUCCUGAGUGAUUCCUCUCCUCUGCGCAUCUCGCUGCUCCGGCGUCUCGAAUCCUUCGUCCGUGAGCGUCAUGAAUGGUUGGGACAGCCGCGCGAUGCUCGAGCACUAUAUUUACGAGUAUAUGAUCAAGAAGCAAAUGCACGGAACGGCAGAGUUUUUCAAAAGGGAGGCUGCUCUGAAUUUUGAGACCGCUCUUCCUGGAGGAACAGAUGUCCCAGAGGGUUUUCUGUAUGAAUGGUGGUUGAUAUUCUAUGAGAUGUUCAUGGACAAUCAGCCAAAUAAUGGGAGUUCCUCUGGAAUUUCUCCCACAAUGAUGAUGACCUUUCCCCAAGAGACAACUGCUUCUCUGACCAGACAGUCUGCGAUGAAUGAUGAAAUGACAAGGGACUUAGCAAUCAAUACUAAUACCAGAUUGACCUUUGGCGACAGUUUUAUGUGGUCGAAAGAAUGGCCUUCAACAAAUGCUGAUCAUCGCCCCCAAAAUCUCAUGCUGUUGCCUUAUCAACAGAAUCCAUUGACUUUUUCCUCAACUUUGAAUCCUGUGGUCGUCACUGAUGAUUUAAUCCCACAAGGAGGAGCACAUCUCAUGCCUCCAGGAUUGGAGAAUCAUAUCUUAAGUUCUUGGAAAAUUGAAGAUCAUAAGAAAAUGAUGGCACUUUCACGAUUAACUGAGAGCAGCAAAAAGAGAAAGGCUUCAGCAGAAGGAAACUCGGGCAUGCCAGGGUUCUUUUUACUACAUUCAGAAAAUUCUGAAGACAAUCCUUCUGAUAUGAGUGCUGAAGCAAGUUCUUCUCAAGUUAAUGAAAUGAAUGGUGAAGCAAAUGUUUGUUCCAGCACCUCGAAAAAACGUUCUUCAGCUUCAGAUGCAUCCAAAGGAACUUGCCAAUUCUUGAAGUAACAUGCAUCUGCAGUAACAUAUUACUGUGUCUUUGAGGUUUGAUUUUGGCAAUCUGGUUGCAGAUAUCGUAAGUCCUUGAACCAAGAUGGAACCAGUAGGACAUACAUGCAAGUUCAUGGCUGGUUAAUAUUUGCCUCAUAUGCUGAAAGAGUUGCUUAUGCUGCCAUCUGAAGUUUGUGAAGUUAUUCAAGCGGUGCUUGACUUACCUUAUAUGGACAUGUUUUUUUUGUUUUUUUUUUUUGCAUGGAUGCACAAAGGUCUUUACUGGAGGUUGUCCUUUAAUUUGCUUUAAUUUGUCGUGUGAUGACAAAAACACGGUAAAGCAAGGCAGUAAUUGGAUAUAAAAUAAAUCUCACUUCUGUCUGCCACUUAAGGAAAAAAAUCUUGACCGUGGAGGAGAGGCAAUGGUGGGAUUAAAUGCUAAUUCUAACUACUUCUGCACUUCCUUUAGAAGUUGCCAGUUAUGGGGAUUCCAAGAAGAUUGACUCAUAUGUCUCCAGGCUAGAACAUUCUUUUGGUGCUUUCUUUCUCUCCAUCUAGGAAUAUUGUGAUUGAAGCAGAUCACUCUUAAAAGAGGUGCUUCCCUAUGUGGGAAGUUACGGAACUUGCUGCUAUUCUUCUCAACUUAAUGCAGCAUAAUUUUUUUUCCUUCCUUGUUUCACUCAGGUUCUUCGGUUUUGGGGCCUCUUACCAUACUGACGAUAAAUUUUCUGUUCUUUUUUCUAUCUGCACUAUAUCAAGACAACUGCUUGCAUUACUCUUUGCUAUUUUCGUGGUUUACGACACGUUUGUUUAAAGCAAAUACUGGAUAGAAGUACACAAAAUCAUUGAUUUAGGAAUGUCAUAUGACAACGUAUUUUGAAAACUUUUGUAGUUUGCUUGCUAAACUAAUAAAGGAGGAAAAGCAACUAAAAUAAUGUCAGUUUAUGCAAAAUGCAGGAAUCCUAAUCUAUUUUCUCCUAUUGCGGCCUACCUGAUCUUAGGCCUUUAAUUCUGAAAUAUGAACUAUGUAGCUUCUUCAAUCACUCUCGAUCUGAGCAAGCAAUUCCGAACCUUGAAAGAGAACAGUGGAGAAGAGCUCGACAGUUGUCUCAUAGACUGUGAUUCACAAACCCAUUGUUGACCUAUUGGUCCUAGUAUUAUAGGCGACUGAACGGCCGCCCCUAGAUUCUUAUUUCCUUGAAGAGGUCAUUUGUAUGCUUUUGUCCUAUCCAAAUACCUUAAUUAGAAGUGGCGUUUCUCCUAAGAAAGCUUUCUAGCUGAAUCGAUCUAAUUAUUUAGGGAGGGAGGUUGCUCAUUGUAUUUAUGGUUUCUCGGAACUCAUUUUGGGCCAUUAUUGACAUGCCAGCGGCAUUUCUCUUUCUUUUCAUUGAGCUGGUCGAUGUUCAAUUAUAGACAAUACUCUGAAGAUUGCUAAAUGUUUGAGCCAAUCAAAUUGUCUUUUUUUUUUUUUUUUAGCAAUUUGUCUUGCCGUCUGUUCAGAGGUCUGCUUUUGUUCACAUGUAUGAAAUUCCAUGAGGGGUCAACAAUAUCCUGCUUAAUUGGUAGUGGGAAGGGAAUAGCAAUCCAGAGCUUUCAUGUUUUUGAGUCAAGAGAGCUGACAUUGAGGAGGAAAUGGACUUAGCCGUGAACAAGGAACUUCUUUGUUUCUUAUCCAUUGUAGGCGUUGUAAUGUUUUGUGCUAUCAAGAAAGCUCAUAAUAUCUUCGUUUUUCAGUUGAUGGAUAAUUUAUAUGGUAAUAUUCUUGUGGAAAAGGAAUCUCCACGUAGAAUAAGAUUAUGGUCUCCGUGUUUUGGUUUUUUGUUGUUUCCUUUUUCUAAAGUGGUUAUUGCUUCUAAUUACCGUAGGAAAGUGAUGAGACACUCUUGCUCGCUUGCAUGCGGUGAAGCUUGCUUCUGGUUUGAAAGCCUGCCUUGUUAAUGUAAACAACUUUAACGCUUGCUGUAGUACCCGUUUUCUCACCAAGUUGUCAUUUAUAAAUUCCUCGAAAUUUUGCUUGUGCAUGGACAGCAGUUACAUGAGAGCUUCAUUAGGAUCCUGUUGUUUGGAAAAAUUAUUUUCUGGAAAAAGGGAAGAUCUUUUCAUCUAUAACGUCAGGUAUAACUUAUCUAAUUGGAGUAGUGAACUGUUAAAACCCAGUUUCCGUCUGAAAGUGGUUUUCUUGUUUGGUCAUUCCGUCACCAGUGAUUGGGAAUUAUAAACUUAUACUCUUUUGCUGCCAUCCAAUUUUAACUAUUUGCAGAAUAUAAAUGGUUGGAAAGACCACCAAAAUAAAGAUAAGAGAGACGGCAUUUGAGAAGGAUAUUAUUUGAUCCAGAAAGAGAAGUUUUUAUGCACGUAUCCAGAGCAUUCUUUCCAACUACAACACUUUUUUUUGCAGCUUAGUAACGAAUAUACCUUUGGAAGCACUGAAAACUGAAGAAUAAUAUCUGUUCAAGUGCUAGAAGAAACACCCGCUUCAGCGUUCUUGUUGUUAACAUGAGAAGACGAUGCUUCAGCAUGCAUGUCAGAAGGCUCCUCUGUUUACAGAGUUUCCAGAUGCAGUACACAGAAACCUGGUAUGCUGAAGCUUCCUUUUGAUGAAGAUUCUCCUUUAACGAGCAUGGGGUUAGAUUUUACGGUUGGGGCACUAACAUUCAUGGCUCCUUUGAAGCACUCUUUCCCUUUCCCUCUAGUGCCGCACAAUAUGGAAGGUCAUUACUGGUAGAUAUAUCAGUCAAUUUCUGUCUGGAAGAUUGAGUGUAUGCAUUUACAGGGAGUAAAACAUCGAAAGGUUAGCCACUGCAAUGUUUAACUCUUUGAAACUGGAUUUAUUUAUUUUUAGGUGGUUUUUUUUUUUUUUUUUUUGGGGUCGGGUGGGGUGGUUUCAUGCAGCAUAGUUUGCAUGAUCACCUUAUUUGGCCCUGAUUUUUCUAUUAUUGGUAAAGAGUUAAUUAAUACGUCCUGACACGAUGUGCCCAGCAGAAAAUUUUCUUGUGUGAGGAGGUGUCAAUCAAUACCUGCAAGGCUGUGAUUCACACUAAUACAUACGAUAAUGCAGAAAAUUGUUUCAGGUCUGUGUAACUCGCACUUUUAUAUACCAAAAUGCAGAAACGUGUUUCAGGUCUGUGUAACUUGGAGAAUGGAUUUUCCGGUAUGGAAAGAAAAUCCAACCAUGUCCAUACGUGUCCGAUAGGGUUAUGCUGUUUGUUAAUUGGUAUACAUUUGGAUGUAGAGGUCGAAUUAUCAUUCCCAUAUAGGAAUUUCAUAAACAAUGUUAGGUUGCAUGUGGAUAGUACCAUUAAGUGACA